AUGAAGACCGCUAGCUCCUUGUCUACUCCACCGACACUUUCAUCUUCGUUGUCCGGCGUGCCAUCUUUCGUUCGCAUCGGAGAGGGGUCGUUCUCGCCUGGAGACGUGUAUGUGGAGUGCAUCCUCCCUAAAAAAAGCAGCUUGGGUAGCAACACGAGUUUCCUGACCGAGACAGUUGUGCUGCCACUUGGAGAGCACCCAGCGAUUUUACAAGCUCGAGAAGAAUGUCGGGUCCUCAUGAGUGGCAACGAUGUUUGCGUGCUGGAGGACGAGACCGUCAAGGAAGACGUGGUGCAGAUUCUUGGCAACGACGCCGAGUUGGUGUUUCCCGUCCGCAACAUCUUCCGCUACCUCGUCCUGUUUGUCGAGAACAUGGAUCUCUUUCUGGACUUUCACGUCGAGGUGCUGGAUGAUGCACAAAAGUAUCGACGGUUCACAGUAACCAACACGAGAUCUCUCGCUCGUGUCGAAGACUCGAGAUGUCAGUUGCCGCUCGCAUUCGGCCCACAACCUGGUUGGCGCUACCUGUGCAUGGAUCUACAAGAUCUCACGAGCCAAGCGUUCGGUACUCGUCAUGUGACCACAACAAAGGUGCGUGUCGGUGGCCAUUGUCGUCUGCUUCGCAUGUUUUUCCAGGACGAGCGCUACGCCGACGCCGACUUGCCUGCACACCUCACAUUCCUUGGGUAG